AUGAAUGUCAAGUGCCCGAAGCUGACUACUCGCUGGGUCCAUUAUGGCAUCGUGCUGAGAUUUUUCAUCAUAUACCGGCAAAGAGUGGUCAACUACGCGGCUAAUCAUCAUAAAUUCGUCUUGCCGUCGCCGUUCUGGUUGAUCAUGACGUACAAUAAGUCUCCUGCCAUUAGCAGUGUCAACAAGACAAUUGCAGUACUGCAGAACAAGGCGCUCCUGAUAGCGCACCAGGAUGAGAACAUUGUCAAUUUGAUUCGAUCGCUUAUCGCGAUGUUCAGCAUUGACUCUACCGAUGGUCAGAUGAAAGGCUAUUUAGUUGACGGUGGAAAGAGUAUCUCUUAUGCAGACAAUGUCGCUCACAAUAUGGACAAGGGAUCGUGUUCCCCGCAGCUGUUGGCGGCGCUGAGAGACUACGAGAAGCUAGACGUCGAUUGCGACGUCGCUACCUACGCGAUGAUCCUAUUGCUCGGCAUGCAGAGCGUGCGAUCAGAGCGCGACGCCAACAUUCUACCUCGCGUGCGAGAUGCACCGCCGGUCAUGUCUGCGCAGCUCCUCAAGAUGUCGCCGCGAAUGUUCGUCAAAGACGUUCUGGCGCCGGACCGUGAGCAGCUAGCGAAAACAUGGACGGAAUGA